GAAUAGAACAGGAGUCAGGUUCCUGCACACAGAUGGAGAAAGACUGUGCAAGAGGAGACUAGAUAGGUAGAUUGGAUAAGAAGGGAUAGGAUAGUUUCAAUAAAACAGAUAGCAUAUGCAACAGGGGAAAGUGUUGGAGAAGGGAUUAUCUGUGGCUGCUUGACCGCAUUCCUGGUGGAUUCUUCCUUCUGAGAGAGCUGCUGUACCUGCAGUGUCGAUCCCAAAUCCACUCCCUCCCAGCAAGAUGAUCAAUGAUAACUAUCUGAUCGAAUGCAAAUUAGACCCAGAAGACCCUCGUUUGCGGGAGCCAGGAUCCACGCCGCUCCCGCAGUCCGCGAUUGAGAUACCACCCAAAACAGACCCCCGGGACCCACGUGGAAUCAACCAGCACCUCAAGCUGGAAUUCUCCGACAUCCUUGCUGAACCUUCCUCGUUCCGCAGCUUUGACCGGGUUUGGACGUGGAGCGACAUCAUCUUCGAGAGCUCACGCCUCUGGUGCUACCGGAUCAUCUCGCUGCUUUGUGCCGUGCCUGUCUCCUUGUGCUCGGGCUUCCUCUUUGCCUGCCUAGGCUGCCUGCAUAUCUGGUGUGUGAUGCCCUGUAUCCAGCUGUGCACGAUGGCCAUGCCACCAGUUCGUAUGCUGUGGGCCAGCAUCCUGGAUGUUAUUGUGGCUCCGCUUUUCACGAGCCUGGGGCGCUGCUGCAGCGCCAUCUACCUGACCAUUACUCAGAAGUGACACAGGCAGCCCUUCCCCUAAAGCCUCUGCUACAAAGACUCUCCUUCUUCCCAUCCAUCGAAUGUGUUUGAUUUCACACAAGAGGAUAGAAUUGACAAGAAACUUUUCGAACCCUGGACUGGAAAAGUGGAG